AAGUGACGUGACUCUAGACUUUUUAUGAAUCUCAAACUACGCAAGAGAAAGUUCGCUUAGUUAUUCUGUUCUCGUGAUUGGUGAUGGUGAAUCAUUUGCUAAAUUCAUAGUGAUCAGUUCUGCGUUCUGAUCAAGACGCAAUAAAUUACUGUCAAUUCUUAGAAUAAAUACUUGGUGUAUUUAGACAGUUGUUAUUAUUGAGAAUUGAUAAAUUUGAGUGAGCAACAAACAAUGGGGUUGCCAACGACAAGAAAGAACCGAGAAAAUUUAAGCAACGAGUUAAGGGAGGCUGCUUCCUCCUCGUCUUCAGACGAUACUAAAAAUUACCUUGACAAAAUUUUUGGAGAUAUUUCAAAAACUUCGGCUACUAAGCAGAUUGUUAUUGGGACUUCAUCGGGAUGGAUGACGGGUUUCCUGGCAAUGAAAGUUGGUAAAAUCGCAGCAUUCUCUGUUGGCGGAGGUAUCAUUAUUCUUCAGAUAGCUGUUCACCAAGGAUAUAUUAAAGUUAAUUGGGAUAAAAUUCAGAAGAAGGCAGAAAAAGUAUCUGAUACUCUUGAGGAAAAAAUAACAGGCGAAGGACCCAAAUUUUUAGACAAGGUAGAAAGAUUUGUGGAUAAGAAAUUGGAUAAAGCUGAAGACUAUUUAAAAUCAAAGAAGGCACAGGGCCAUCGCUGGUAUGAAAAAUUCCUCGGGACCGACAACGCCAACGGAGUGUUCAAGCCCAAAGAGAUGCAUUUCUUUGUCGUUUCUUUCGUUGCCGGUGUCCUAAUUGGAAGCGCAACCGCUAGUUAUUAAACUAUUAACAAAUAUUAACAAUAACCCGAGUUAUGAAAGAAUGCGAGGAGAGACGAUAAAUAAAACAUUUAAAGUAACCCAACUAAUCCGCGCACACAUCAGACUUAUUACACGUGUGAUUUCUCCGACCCAUUAAAACUGUAAUAAUUGCAUAAACACUCACACAUACAAUCCAAAUGUUGUUAACUGUUCUUUUUUUAUUAGUAUUUACAAUUACAAUAGUGUGAUCAUUUAGAAAAUUAUUUUUUUUAUUUAUUUGUUUUUAGUGUACAAUACUCUAAUUAUUUAUUUAUUACAUACCUAAGUUGUAUUAUUGAAUGUACGUGUGUGUGUAUGUGUUUCGAAGAAAACUUUUAUUAAGUUAUAAGUACACAAUUGGUGUAUCAUGAUGGAAUAAAUAAAAAAAAACCGAAA